AUGGCACCAUCUCGCUGCUUCGAGUCUCCGCGAAAACGUCAAUCGAGAGGCUCCAGCUCUAGCUCACCAUAUAAGCGCAUCCUUUCCUCGCGCGACCCCAGCUUCGCACUCACUAAACACCGAAUGCUUACGCGAGGUCAGGCUCGAUAUAACAUCGAGCAUGAGGCGCCGCUUGGUCCUCCGUUAGCCAUGACUCUCUUGCCUCCCGCGGCCUCUCCGUCUGCUCACAUUCUUGGCGUCGUCAAUCACCGUGAUAGGCACGUCUCUCCCUCAUGCACACCCGUCUCUCCCUCGCGCAAACACGUCUCUCCCUCGCGCAAUAUCUUUGCACUCUCUAAGCACUCAAUGCUUACACGAACUCGGGCUCGAUGCGCUGCUGAGCUUGAUUCGCCUCUGGCUCCACCUACUGCUCUCCUGUCUCCCAUAGCCACUUCGACUGCUCACAUUCUGAGUGUCAUUCAUGAUCAUCAUAGGGACAUGGAUUCUUUCGCGGCCGCCAUCAAGAGUAUGGUUUUGGAAAGUCACAAAGAACUUGAUCAGUGGACCAGAGAGGAAAUCAGUAAUCGAGACAUUCAGAUAGAAGAAGAACGUCGGUUGGCGGAGAACAACAAAACUGAAUUCACGAGAAUGUAUGAACUCAAGCUGCAAUCUGAAGCAAAGGAGCUUGUUUCGAGGAAAGUUUUGGAGAAUUGUGAGACGCAAUUACUUGUGAGUGUUCAGAACAUGACUUCCAGUGUAUUUCUUAAUGAAAUUUGCGUAGGUACUUCGGCGCCGAAUCCAGAAAUCAAGAUCAACUAG